AUGAGUCCUGUCAACCAACAGACAGGCUCAGACACCAUACGUCGCCAUCUAUCCUUGCUAUCAUCAGUCUUCCGGUCCCAGGCAAGCAAGAGACCUAGCAUAACUGAUCCAGUGCAGGAAGAGCCAACUUGCCAAGAAAAGAUUCAUUACCCUGUGUUUAAUCCCCUAGAUCCUCGACACAAUCCAGAGAUAUCGACCUCGUGGUGGCGUCCCAACAAGCAACAGAGUUUGACUUCGGAAUCGCGAAAUCCAAAGGAAUGGGUCCAAUCCGUGUCGAAACGAACUCUCUACAAAGCACGGUCAGGUUUAUUGGCUCUGCGGUCAGGGCUUAGCCACCUUUCCAGUGAAGAAGACAACCCCGAGAAAGGUUUUGUUAACCCCGUUGCUCUGAGGCACGAAAGACAACGCUAUGGAAUUUCAUCCGGGGCGUACACUUCGGAUACACAGGAGGACGUAAACUUCGGCGCCGAACUAUCUCGCAUGCAUCUUCCACCGUCUUCACCAUCGUCCAGUACCGAGGUGGAGUCUCUUAUCCGGGUCAGGUCUAUGGGUUCGAUACCUGACUCGUUCGCAAGAUUCCCCGGAUCUGCAUCUGCGUCUACGCCCAUAUUUUACCAACCCAGCCGAGCUGUAAGUAAUUCGGGAGUAAGCUCGACUUGCACACUAGCCACGUACCAUGACCUUGACUUCCAAUUUGGUGGGACUGGACAAUUGGAGGCGAAUAUGGAUUCAGAGGAUCACUUUACUCACACCACACCAUCGAUAGAGAACCAUUUGAUACAACAGGCAUGGGGCGUUGCAAUCUCUACUGAUGGAGAUAUUAAAAUGUCCGCCCACGACCUAGCAGAUCCUGGGUUGGGUUUUGAAGAGCAGCAAGCAACAAAUCUUCAGCAGCAAAAUAUCAGUCAUGCAAGUUCGGAUACAGAAAUCAGUGAUGAUCAACCAAGUUCAGCUCCCAUCUCGAGACAGUGCUCCGCCGAAGUUCGAUUUGCAUUUCCAGCAAUCUAUCAUGAGGCGCUGCGCCAGUGGGCGAGACAACAUGAUAGUCCCAGCCCUAGUCAACACACUCCCAACCCCAGUGCACAAAGUCCCCGCACCAGUCAACACAGUUCCAGCCCAAGUCAACGCAUUUCUAGCCUCGGCCGUCACAGUCCCAAUUUCAGUGAACACAGUCCCAGGCUCCAUGAACAAGAAGAAACCCUGUGCGCUUCCCAGAACCCACUCAAAUGCAUUGUGCUUCAGGACAAUACAUACAACAACCUGCCUCCAUAUGAUGAUGAUGAAGGUCUCAUACCUUUAGUACCCCCACAAAUCCCGAUCACCCAUUCUGAAGAAAUGCAACCAUUUUCUUAUCACAAUCCCCUCACGUCCAUCUCCAACCGGAACCUUGGCGAAAGAUGGUCGUCUAUCUCCGAAAGAGCAACCACACAGCAAUCAAGUGUCGAAGAUUAUUCAAGCCGCUCCACACCCGCUGAUACGACAUCGCGAGAUCGCACAUCAACUGAAAUGAGUUCAAUAAAAUCAAUGACGAACGAUACAUGGUCCCCAUUGUCCCCCAUCGACUCUGAACUUCUUUUCCCAAGCCCAGUGGAGGAUGGAAAUGGGUAUUUCCUUGUUGAUGGCAAAAUAAACAGCCAGUAUCCCGACGGAGGCAAUCAACCAGUCAAAUCUACACAGCAUACCACCAGCAACUGUGAUAAUACCAGAGCACCGCAACAACUAACUAGGCUGAUCUCUCCGGGGAUCCUGUCCCUACCGCUCAUAUCUGAUGGCAUUCCCGGUGCAGGAAUGGACUUUGUGGAAGAUGAUACGGACGACGAGUUUUACCCUGGAAUUGUGCAUCCAAGACAGUUUUGGUGA